UAUUGUACGCUGGUCUGUGUUGCAAUCGGGUAACACCAGCAGACGAACUCUGCUUGUUUUCCUUUCAAAACAAAUCAAUGUCAGCACUCAGCUGUGUUUUAUGUUACCUUUACUUCUGAGAUGAAUUUGUAACAUAAGUUAUGAAGCGUUAUGUUGAUAUAUUACUUGACAGAUGAAGGCAAUGCUUGUCAUACGGGAUUAGCUAUCAUUUUCUCGGAAUAGCUUUCAAGUAUUUUUUUAGCUAGAUGGCUAAUGAUUGCUAGUCACGCAAUGGUGUAGAUCCUGCUAGCUGUCGUUAGCAGCAUCGUAUAAUGGUGUUAAAUACAUGUGUUAACAGGGUGCAACACGGUACACUGUAUAUGGCAUCAGAAGUAUAGCUUGGGCGUUAACUAACGUUUAAUGAGGUAACGUUAUUACACGUAUACUCCUCUCACCGUUAGCCUGUAGCUAUCUGACACCUGAUAUGUUGGCAAAGUUAAGCAACGCAGGAAAGUGACGUUAUAAUGUGACAACACUGUGCAGAGUUCGUUGCCAGCCAGUGUAACGUCAGCUACUGCUUCUCCAAUGAAGUCAUGCGUGACUUGAAGUGUCCGUUGUUCAAGAACAUCCUAUCCGCUCCACAGUGGUGAGAAGGUAGAUCACCAUCAGUGGGAUAUUUGUGGCUUGUUUACCAGCAAAAUGCCAGGAAUCGUGGUGUUUGGUCGGCGGUGGGGGAUCGCCAGUGACGACCUGGUUUUCCCCGGCUUCUUUGAACUGUUCGUCCGUGUACUCUGGUGGAUUGGCACCAUGAUCCUGUUCACUUAUCACAAGGGCCAUUUCGAUUGUAAUGGGAAAGGAUUCCUUCACAGCUAUCUGGUCGGACUGUUGGUCGUGCUGGCGCUCAUCAUCCUGUCACUGUGUGCGAUUGUCUACGUCAGUGCCCAAGGUACUAUUACGAACCCCGGCCCACGGCGCUCCAUCCCUGCACUGGUGUACCUGCGAGCUCUCCUGUACAUCCCCGAGCUGGUGUGGGCCUGUCUGGGAGCCGCCUGGGUGUCCGAUGACAGCAAAGGCUGCGAUCCUGCCACAGUGGGCGCUGUCAUCGCAGCGGUGAUUGCCAGCUGGAUCAUCUUGCUGUUCACGGGGUUGGGCGUGGUGUUUGUGUUUGACCCACUGGGGAACCCCCGUCCUCCGCCGGCUGCCAUGGAGCCGCUGGGAGUACGAGACCUGCAGAGCAACGAGGGCACCCAGUUCCUCUCCACGGCUCGCUCCCUCGCCGUCAAGGUGUGGGAAAGCAGACUGCGGCUCCUGUGCUGCUGUCUGCCGCAGGACGAAAGCCACCGAGCAGCGUUCUCCAGCAUCGCACAGCUCGUCAGCGGGUUCUUUUCCGACACAGACCUGGUCCCCAGUGACAUAGCAGCUGGUUUGGCUCUGCUGCACCAGGAGCAGGAUAAGAUGGAGCAAAGUAGAGACCCGGACGUCAUGGUCGAUCACAGCCCCUCCUCUCCCAUCGGUGAAGAUUUGGAGACAGAGUUGGAGAAAGCAGCUCACUGCAUGCGGUUUGCUGCGGCAGCCUAUGGCUGGCCGUUGUACGUUUACUCCAACAUCCUCACUGGGCCCUGCAAACUCAGUGGAGACUGCUGUAAAAGUCAUGCAGCCGAGUACGACAUCGUUGGGGGCGACCACCUCGGCUGUCACUUCUCAUCCAUCCUGCACAGCACCGGUUUGCAGUACAGAGACUUCAUCUACGUCAGCUUCCAUAACCAGAUCUAUGAGAUCCCGUUCUACGUGGCUCUGGAUCAUAAGAGGGAGGCUGUUCUGGUGGCUGUCAGAGGAACACUGUCACUUAGGGACGUCCUUACAGACCUGUCUGCUGAAUGUGAGAACCUGCCCAUAGAAGGAGUGUCUGGGGCUUGCUACGCUCACAAGGGCAUGUGCCAGGCGGCGGGUUACAUCUACAAGAAGCUGAUCAAUGACGGCAUCCUGAACCAGGCUUUCUCCAUCGCACCGGAGUAUAAACUGGUGAUCACGGGUCACAGUCUGGGUGCGGGCACAGCGUCACUGCUGGCUAUACUCUUGCGCAAUUCCUUUCCCACCCUGCAGUGCUACUCAUUCUCUCCACCAGGGGGACUCCUGAGUAAAGCUUUAGCUGAUUACUCCAAGGAUUUUGUGGUUUCAGUUGUGCUGGGAAAGGAUCUGGUUCCCAGAUUGAGCAUUCCCAACAUGGAGGAUCUGAAGAGAAAGAUUCUUAAAAUAGUUUCAAACUGCAAUAAGUCCAAGUACCGCAUUCUGCUGCAGGGGUGUUGGUACGAGCUCUUUGGGGGAGACCCGGAGGACUUCCCCACUGAGAUGGACAACAGGAGGGAGGAGGAGCUGAGCCAGCCGCUGUUGGGGGAGGAGUCACUGAUGAUCCGCCACUCGUCUUCCUAUCAGAGCCUAGCGUCAGAUGACUCGCCAGCCCGUACGGCUGCCCACUUACCUCUCUUCCUCCCUGGACGCAUUCUGCACAUCACAGAGGACGGGCCGUCACGGAGAUCCUGUUUUUCCCCCCAGGUGCGCUACCGUGCUGAAUGGUCCAAUGAAAUGGCGUUCAGGAGUAUUUUGAUCAGUCCCAGGAUGCUUGCAGAUCACAUGCCCGAUGCUGUGCUGCGAGCACUGAAGAGCCUGACCAGCGAGAGGCCCUUCUCCCUUUGCCCGUCGUCGUUAAACGGACACCAGCACAACGCUAUCUGAGACACGUCAUAGAGGCCGACUCCUUCUGUCUGUGCUCCCAGACUCUACAGUUCUUUAAGCCCACUACUGUUUUUAAUUUUCUCCACAGCAGAUGAAGGACCUCUUCAAAUCCUUCAUGCUCUUUAUUUGCACCCUGUGAGCAGAACUGAUCCCAAAGCCCCCCCCCUUUUCUCAUGAAGACAUUUUGAAACGAGAUUAUAAUAGCAACGGCAUAAAUGAAUGAGCAUGAUCAGUUAACAUUCUGGGGUGCAAGAACUUUGAUUAAAUUGCACUUUUUUUAAUUUUUUUUAUUGAAACCAUUCGUUUUAUUUAAACUCUCUGAGUUACUCCUUGAGCAACUUAAUGCCAUGAUCUUUGAAUGUGCGUUGUGCAUAAUAUAUUUGACAGUGCUGCAGUUUAACUGUAAUGUUAGUGUUCUACAUUUUCUGUUUGUGUGAGUGCUGUCUGCCUGGUAGAGGCUAAUCACUUAAAGGGUCAGAUGUGUGUUUUCCUUAUCUGUGGGGACGACUGAGGAGCAGUCGGACCCAGGAUGUGAGGAUACAGGGGUACGUUUUACCUCAUAAUGUGGACUGAAGCAUUGUGUAUUCGUUGUAUAGUAACUGUGGUUAGUCUGUCUUGUGUUUAUUGUCUUGAAACAUCAGGGUGAACAGUGCCUAUGCAUUACAGAAAAAUAAGUAAACAGAAUUGCUUUACAGAAAAAGGCAGUGAUGAAUGCAGUGUGUUUACAGUUUAGUUCUGCAUUUUAUACAAUGCAGUUUGAAUAGUGCAUGGUGUUCUGCGAAAAAAGAUAGAUGUAAAGGGUAAGAGAGAUUGUAAAUUGUGUGGAAUUCUGUUUACUUGCCAUGGGUAUCACAUCUUUUUUUCAGGUAAUGUGUGAUAUUUAAGUGUGAUUCAGUUGAUGCCUGCAUAACUAUGACCCUUUCUCAAUAGAUGCAUUGGACGCCUUGAUACAAAUAAAAGCUCUUGUGA